CUGAGGGCUCUGGCGCGUUGCUUGUGGCGCCAGAAUUCAGAGCGGGGAAGCUGCAGCGCGGGCGCCUCUUGGGCUCUUGGUGUCUCUGCCUCGGUAAAGACGCUGCUCCCUCCAGCCUGACAAGAUGGUGAUUCUCCGCAGCAGCUUAGAGCUGCAUAACCGCUCCGCCACGUCUUCAGCAACGGACUCCUUGGACCUGUCCAACGAGUUCCUCAGCCUGGACCAGAGCAGCCGGAGGCGGCUCCGCUCGGCCCGGGUCUCCGAGAAAUCCACCAUUCCCUCUGCGGCGGCGAGCGAUGGAUCAUCAAUUAAGGAAGUUGAAAUCUACCACCAGACACGGUCCUUAAGAUCAUUGAGAAAAAAUGCACAGAUUUCUUCAGAUUCUAGUUUUGAUAAGAAUAUGGAAAGAACAGAAAAACAAAUGAAUAACAGGCAUUUUACAAGGCAGUUGGCUAGACAGCAGGCUGAUAAAAAAAAAGAAGAGUGCAAAGAAGUUGCUCAGUCAUUGAGGACUAGAAACAUUGUUCAAAAUACAGAACACUUACAUGAACAGAAUAGAGGUGUUGAAGUUCGCAGAAGUUGUAGAAUUAGAAGUCGUUACAGUGCUGUGAACCAGUCUAUGCUAUUUGACAAGCUUAUAACAAACACUGCUGAGGCUGUACUUCAAAAAAUGGAUGAUAUGAAAAAAAUGCAUAGACAGCGAAUGAGGAAACUUGAUUUGGGCGUAUUUGAAGAAACGGAAAAAAGCAAUCUUAGUAUGUACACCAGAGGAAAACAAAAGGCUAUUCAGCAAGCUGAUGAAGAAACAACUGAUAACCAAGACGGGAGUGUGGGAUCAUCUGAAGAGGGUGAAGAACAGGAAGAUGAGGAGGAGGGGGGGGGGGGGGGGGGGGGGGGGGGGGAGGAGGAGGGGGAGGAAGAUGAUGAUGACGACGACGACGAUGAAGGUGAUGAUGAAGAUGAAGAAGAUGGAGAAGAAGAUAAUCAAAAACGAUAUUAUCUUAGGCAGAGAAAAGCAACUGUUUACUACCAGGCACCAUUGGAAAAGCCUCGUCAUCAGAGAAAGCCCAACAUAUUUUAUAGUGGCCCAGCUUCUCCUGCAAGACCAAGAUACCGGUUAUCUUCUACAGGACCAAGAAGUCCUUACUGUAAACGAAUGAACAGGCGAAGGCAUGCAAUCCACAGCAGUGACUCUACUUCAUCUUCCUCUUCUGAAGAUGAACACUUUGAGAGGAGAAGAAAAAGGAACCGAAAUAGAGCUAUUAAUAGGUGCCUCCCACUAAAUUUUCGGAAAGAUGAAAUAAGAGGAAUUUAUAAAGAUCGAAUGAAAAUUGGAACAAGCCUUGCUGAUGUUGAUCCAAUGCAACUAGAUUCUUCAGUAAGAUUUGAUAGUGUUGGUGGUCUGUCUAGUCAUAUUGCAGCUCUAAAAGAGAUGGUGGUGUUUCCCUUACUUUAUCCAGAAGUCUUUGAGAAAUUUAAAAUUCAACCCCCAAGAGGUUGUUUGUUUUAUGGUCCACCUGGAACUGGAAAAACUUUGGUUGCUAGAGCACUUGCCAAUGAGUGCAGCCAAGGGGAUAAGAGAGUGGCGUUUUUCAUGAGGAAAGGUGCUGAUUGUCUGAGUAAAUGGGUAGGGGAAUCUGAAAGACAACUCCGAUUGCUAUUUGAUCAGGCCUAUCAGAUGCGCCCAUCAAUUAUUUUCUUUGAUGAAAUUGAUGGUCUGGCUCCAGUACGGUCCAGCAGACAAGAUCAAAUUCACAGUUCUAUUGUUUCCACACUGUUAGCUCUCAUGGAUGGUUUGGACAGCAGAGGAGAAAUUGUGGUUAUUGGAGCCACCAACAGACUAGAUUCCAUAGACCCUGCUUUACGAAGGCCUGGUCGUUUUGACAGAGAAUUCCUUUUUAGCCUACCUGAUAAAGAUGCUCGAAAAGAGAUUCUGAAGAUUCACACAAGAGAUUGGAAUCCAAAACCACUGGACAUAUUUCUAGAAGAACUAGCAGAAAACUGUGUUGGAUACUGUGGUGCUGAUAUUAAGUCAAUAUGUGCUGAAGCUGCUUUAUGUGCCCUACGUCGACGCUAUCCACAAAUCUAUACCACCAGUGAAAAGCUGCAAUUGGAUCUCUCUUCAAUAACUAUCUCAGCUAAGGAUUUUGAGGUAGCUAUGCGGAAGAUAGUACCAGCUUCCCAGAGGGCUGUGACAUCCCCUGGACAGGCACUACCCACCAUUGUGAAACCACUUCUGCAAAGCACUGUUCACAAGAUCUUAGAAGCCCUACAAAAAGUAUUUCCACAUGUGGAAAUUGGAACAAGCAAAGCUUUAGAUUCAGAUGUUUCUUGCCCUCUGCUAGAAAGUGAUUUGGCAUACAGUGAUGAUGAUGUACCAUCAGUGUAUGAAAAUGGACCUUCUCCAAAGCUCUUAAAUAAGGCAAAAGAAAGUUUAAGUUUUCUUCAUUUAAACAGAAAUGCCUGUUACCAACCUAUGUCUUUUCGACCAAGAAUAUUGAUAGUGGGAGAACCAGGAUUUGGACAGGGUUCCCACUUGGCACCAGCUGUUAUCCAUGCUUUGGAAAAAUUUACUGUCUAUACAUUAGACAUUCCUGUUCUUUUUGGUGUCAGUACUACAUCUCCUGAAGAGACAUGUUCUCAGCUGAUUCGUGAAGCUAAGAGAACAGCACCAAGUAUAGUCUAUGUUCCACAUAUCCACUUGUGGUGGGAAAUUGUUGGACCAACGCUCAAAGCCACAUUUAUCACAUUACUGCAGAAUAUCCCUUCAUUUGCUCCAGUUUUAUUACUCGCAACUUCUGACAAACCACAUUCUGCUCUGCCGGAAGAGGUACAAGAAUUGUUUAUCCAUGAUUAUGGAGAGAUUUUUAACGUCCAGUUACCAGGAAAAGAAGAACGGACCAAAUUUUUUGAAGAUUUAAUUCUAAAACAAGCAGCUAAGCCUCCUAUAUCAAAAAAGAAAGCAGUUCUGCAGGCCUUGGAGGUACUCCCAGUAGCACCACCACCUGAACCAAGACCAUUGACUACAGAGGAAGUUAAACAGCUAGAAGAACAAGAGGAAGAUACAUUCAGAGAACUAAGGAUUUUCUUAAGAAAUGUCACACACCGGCUUGCCAUUGAUAAACGAUUCCGAGUCUUUACUAAGCCUGUUGACCCUGAUGAGGUUCCUGAUUAUGUCACUGUAAUAAAGCAACCAAUGGACCUUUCAUCUGUAAUCAGUAAAAUUGAUUUACAUAAAUAUCUGACUGUGAAAGACUAUUUGAGGGAUAUUGAUCUAAUCUGUAGUAAUGCUUUAGAAUACAACCCAGAUAGAGAUCCUGGAGACCGUCUCAUUAGGCAUAGAGCCUGUGCUUUAAGAGAUACAGCCUAUGCCAUAAUUAAGGAGGAACUUGACGAAGACUUUGAGAAGCUUUGUGAGGAAAUUCAGGAGUCUCGAAAGAAAAGAGGUUGUAGCUCCUCCAAAUAUGCACCAUCUUACUACCAUGUGAUGCCAAAGCAAAAUUCGACUCUCGGUGGUGAUAAAAGAUUAGAUCAAGAGCGGAAUGAAAAUCCAAAGGCACCCACUACUCCAGUGGCUUGCAGCACACCUGCUCAAUCGAAGAGGAAAAUUCAUAAAAAAUCCAAGUGGUAUAUAGGCAACAAAACAAAGCGAAGGAAAAUUUCACAGGCAAAAGAUAGCCAGACUGCAGUGAAUAAUCAGAUCAAGAGUGACACAGAAGAAACUCAGACUACAAGUGUAGAAAACACUGAACUUGGAAACACAGGAGAGUCUUCAAUGGAAGAAAAUGAGAAGCAAAAUGCCUCUGAAAGAAGAAUAGACUUGAAAAAUAAUUCAAGUACUUCUAAUAACAUUGAGAAUGAACUCAAAGAAUCUAAGAAAACUACAACAUGUACACAAUUGAGAAAAGAUGUUGAUUGCAAUGGAGAUGAUUCUAACUCCCAGAUCAUAGACAUUCCUGAUGAAACUGAAACAAAAGAAACGUGUGUUCUGCGAAUGACUCGAGCUAGACGUUCCCAGGUAGAACAGCAGCAGCUCAUCAGUGUGGAGACGGCUCUGGCAAUUCUCUCUCAGCCUACCCCCUCACUUGUUGUGGACCAUGAGCAAUUAAAUAAGCUUUUGAAGACUGUUGUUAAAAAAAGUCAGAAAUAUAAUAUAUUUCAACUGGAAAAUUUGUAUGCUGUAAUCAGCCAGUGUAUUUAUGAGCAUCGCAGGGACUAUGAUAAAACAACACUUAUUCAGAAAAUGGAGCAAGUGGUAGAAAACUUCAGUUGUUUCAGAUCAUGAUGUCAUUGCAGCAAGUGUUUUUAUAUUCAACCAUAUUAAAUUCUCUGACAUGUCUGCAUAACUAAUGGAAGAUGAAAUCCUGCACCUUUGAGGAAAGGCUAAAAGGAAGAGAUAACUGAUGAACAAAGCACUGUAAUAAUAGAUAUAGUUGAAGUUUUGCCAGAACUUAAUAAAGCUGUUUUGAUAACUGAUAUUUUAUGGCAUUUACAAAUAAUUUGGCAGCAUUGACUUUUUUUGUCAUUUGAAGCACUUAAUUUCACCCCUUCUAGUAGGUUUUUGUAUCAACCUAGAAACAUGUCUGUUGUGUCUUCACCAUCUUUUCUGUCUUCUUUGUGGACCCUUUUUUCUUUGCUUUAAUGCCUUUCUCCCACCUGCCUGUGGCUUCCUUUGGCUCUGUACUUGAAAGCCAGAAUUCAAAUUGUGAUUUGCAGGAAGGCCUCAAUACAAUAUUGUACUUAAAUAUCAAAAUUAACGUUUUAGGUAAACAUUUUUAUAAUUCUAAUUUGAGUUAAUAAAGAUUUAAAAUUUUUGGCUUACUUUUGUAAUUAUAUACACAGCAAACAUAUUAGAAGCUAGUUUUUGUAUUUGAAGACUUUCUACCAUUGUGUUUAGAUUAUAUUCUAUAAAUACCUUUUAUAUGCAUACGUAAGACUAUAAAUAUAAAUUUUGUAUUACUGAUACCAAAAAUAUACUUCUUAAAGCCAUUUUCUUCCAUACAAUAUUUGUGGGUAGGGCAUUCAAGCAUCAGUUUGCAGAAUAGCUUCUGUUGGAAACCUCGUUGGAGAGAAAUAUAGAACAGUCGUCUAAAGUUUGAUAUUGUGGUGUUUUCUUAGUAAUGGUGGUGGUAGGGAUUGAACCCAGGGCAUAGUGCAUGCUGAGCAAGUGCUGUACCAGUAAGCUACACACUUAGCUUAAGGUUGUAAAUUUUAAUGCAGUUUGAAAAUGGAACUGCCUUUCAUUUAUUAUCUGGAUAUUUAAAGCUUUCCAGAAUUCAGUAAUUUAGAUACCUUAAUUAAUAAAUGCUGCCUUAUGUUAUACCUAUAAAAAGUGCCAAACACAAAUAACAUUUAAAUAUAUGCAUAUUGUGGAAGAUAAUAUGUGUGCAAGUUAAGGGUAUACCUGUCAUCUUAGCACUUGAGAAGCAGAGGCAGAAAGAUCAGGAGUUUGAGGCCAGCCUGCCUACGUGAGA